AUGGCAGAAGGGCUGGAGGUGAUCCUCACCGACUUCCAGCACUCCCGGAACAGCGCGGAGCACCACACGGAGGAGAUGGGCCCGGGCCGGCUGGUGGUUCGCCGGGGCCAGCCUUUCUCCAUCACGCUGCACUUCGGGAACCGGGGCUUCCGACCGGACGCCGACCGCCUCGUCUUCAUCGCCGACACGGGCCUGAAGCCCGAGAGCCUCCCGGGGACACGAGCCGUCUUCGGCCUGGGGGAGCCGGGCUCCCCGGGGGCCUGGACGGCAGCGGUAGAGGCCGGCAACUCCCGGGCCCUGGAGAUCAGCCUGUGUCCGCCGGCCACGGCAGCGGUGGGUCGGUUCUGCCUGAAGAUCCACAUCGAGACCACGGGCGGCCCGGUCGGGGCCUACCGCCUGGGGACCUUCAUCCUGCUCUUCAACCCGUGGUGUCCAGAGGACGACGUCUACCUGAGCAGUGAGCCGCAGAGACAGGAGUACAUCAUGAAUGACUACGGCUUCAUCUACCAAGGCAACAAGAACUGGAUCUGUCCGGUUCCGUGGAACUACGGGCAGUUCGAUGAGGAGAUACUGGACAUCUGCCUGACGCUGCUGGAUAAGAGUCUGAACUUCCAGGCCGACCCGGUCCGGGAUUUUGCCCUGCGGGGAAACUCGGUGUACGUGAGCAGAGUGGUGUGUGCCAUGAUCAACGGCAACGACGACGGCGGGGUGCUGCAGGGGAACUGGGGCGAGGACUACCGGGACGGCGUCAGCCCCUCCGAGUGGAACGGGAGCGUGGCCAUCCUGAGGCAGUGGCACGCGGCCGGCGGCCAGCCCGUCAGAUACGGCCAGUGCUGGGUCUUCGCCGCCGUUAUGUGCACAGUGAUGCGGUGCUUGGGCAUCCCCACCCGCGUCGUCACCAACUUCGACUCGGGCCACGACACGGACAGAAACCUGAUCAUCGAUGAAUACUACGACCCCAUGGGCCGAAUCCUGGAGGACAAGAAGAAGGACAGCGUCUGGAACUUCCACGUCUGGAACGAGUGCUGGAUGGCCCGCUGGGACCUCCCCCCCGGCCACGGGGGCUGGCAGCUCCUGGACGCCACGCCUCAGGAAACCAGCGACGGCCUGUACUGCUGCGGCCCAGCCUCGGUCGCGGCCAUCAAGGAGGGGGAGGUCGACCUGCCCUACGACACCCCCUUCGCCUUCUCCAUGGUGAACGCCGACCGCACGGCCUGGCUGGUGCACCGGGGCCGGGAGAGAAAGCUUCAUCAGGACGCCCACUCGGUGGGCAACUUCCUCAGCACCAAGGGCGCCCGCAGCGACGAGAGGGAGGACGUCACCGAGAGCUACAAGUACGGAGAAGGCACGGUGCUGCCCUGCACCAUCCCUUACCUCCGGUACCGAGGACACCUGUCCCCCGACAAGCUCAUCCGCCUCAGUGCCCUGGGGGAGGAGAGGAACGGCUCCAAGAAGCUGCUGGUCAACAAGAUCAUCACCCUGGCGCUGCCGGGCAUCACGAUCGACGUGCUGGGGCCCACGGUGGUCGGCCGGCCGGUCUCGGUCGAGGUGAGGUUUGCCAACCCUCUGGAGGAGCCGGCGGGGGACUGCGUGCUGACCCUGGAGGGCGGCGGCUUGUUCAGAAGGCAGGUCGGGGUCACGAUCGGGACCCUGGGCCCGCUGCGGGGGGCUAGCGUCAAGAUACAGCUCGUCCCCUUCAAGAGCGGCCGGAGGCAGAUUCAGGCCAACCUGAGGAGCGACGCGUUUAAGGACGUCAAGGGCUACAAGAGCCUGGAAGUGGCGCCCGGAUCCUAAGCCUCGGGGCGUCCCGGCGUCCGGCCCGUCGGGGGGUGAGACGCCGCCGAGCCGGAGGGGAGGGUCCGGGCCGGCCUGGCCG